ACUUAAGGGUGGAGACUGUAGAAAGGGGUGGAGAGACAGCAGUAGAAGCUUCCUAGGCUGGUUCUGAGCUGAGUUCGGUGGAGUCCUGGGACAGCCUGGAGAGCAGUGCAGGAUGGCAUCAGGCAGGGCCCGCUGUACCCGAAAGCUUCGGAACUGGGUGGUGGAGCAAGUGGAGAGUGGGAAGUUCCCAGGGGUAUGCUGGGAUGAUGCAGCUAAAACGAUGUUCCGGAUUCCCUGGAAGCAUGCAGGCAAGCAGGACUUCCGGGAGGACCAGGAUGCUGCCUUCUUCAAGGCCUGGGCAAAAUUUAAGGGAAAGGACAAGGAGGGAGACAUUGGAGGCCCUGCUGUAUGGAAGACUCGUCUGCGUUGUGCCCUCAACAAGAGUCCUGAAUUUGAAGAGGUUCCUGAGAGAAGCCAUCUGGAUGUGGCUGAGCCCUAUAAGGUGUACCGGCUGCUGCCACCAGGAACCCUCCCUGCCCAGCCAGGAACCAAGAAAUCAAAACUAUGCCACAGUUCUGUGUCUUCGGAGAGGCAGGAGGAUACCAGUACUGGCAAGAAUGGCACAGACACUCACUCCUAUCUUCAGGAUCCUGUCAAUACUGAUCUGAGGGCUAAUGGAGCUGCAAGCCACUCAGACAGUGGGAGUAGUGGCAGCAUCGCCAGCAACAGCAGUAACAGCAACAGCAGCAGCAGCAGCAGCAGCAGCAGCAGAAGCAGUAGUACUGAACCACAGGAAGGUGUAGACAAUACCUUACUUCUUGGAGAGGCCACCUUUCUUGAGGAACCAAUGUCUGUGGAGCAUCAGCUCCCUCUGGACUCAGACUACUCGCUGCUGCUCACCUUCAUCUACUGUGGGCAUGUGGUCGGUGAGGUACAGGUGCGAAGCCUGGACUGCCGCCUUGUGGCUGAGCCCUUCGACUCUGAAAGCAACAUGGAGCAGGUGGUAUUUCCCAAGCCCAAUGAUCGGCUGGAAUCUGCCCAGCACCUGCUGAAUCAGCUUAAGAAAGGCAUCCUGGUAGCCAGCAACUCCAAAGGUCUCUUUGUGAAGCGCCUUUGCCCCAUCUCUGUCUCCUGGUAUGCACCCCAGGACCCACCUGGACCAGGUCCACAUCUGCUGCCCAGCAACAAGUGUGUGACGCUUUUCCAAACUGACUGCUUCUGCAGAGACUUGGACAGGUACUUCCGUGGUGAAGGCCCCAGACCCAAGUUCCAGGUAACACUGCAUUUCUGGGAGGAGAGCCAUACCCCACAGGAUCUUAUCACAGUGCAAAUGGAGCAGGCAUUUGCUCGGCAUCUCGUAGAAAAGGCUACAGAGGAGCAGAUAGCCGCUCAGUUCCUGAAGAAGACUGGAGACCCACCUGCCACCUCACCUUCCUGUUCUUCCUGGCUCCUUUGAAAUAAUUUGUUCUUCACACUGUUGUUCUGCCUCUCUUUGUGAUGGCUCUCACAGCUGUCUGUGAGUUAGAUCCUUGGGUUCCUUAUGUACCUGACUGGUGAAAAACUCAAGGAUAGUUUCUGUCCUUUAAAAAAGAAAGAGAGGGAGAAGCUGGA